UUUGCGUUCAUCUCUGGACUACGUGCUGCGCGAUGAAGUUCCGAGCUCUAUCCGCUUGCGCUCUGGUGUGCCCUACGGCAUGCCUGGCAUUUUUGUCCUCCUCUCCGCUGCCGCGAGUAGGAAAUUCGCCGGACAUGCGCAGGCGGAGAUCGCAGUCGACGUCGACGUCACUGGACAUGACCGUCACCAAAGCGGCGAAGGACAUGACGGUGGCGGUGGCCGGGUCGACCGGCUACAUCGGCAAGUUCGUGGCGCUGGAGUGCGUGCGGCGCGGGUACAAGACGAUCGCGCUGACGAGAAACCCUGACGCCGUGGUGGAGGGGGCGGAGAUGGUGUUGACGGACGUGACGGACCCGGCUAGCGUCGACGCGGCACUAGCUGGACGAAAGAUCGAUGCCUUGGUUUCCUGCCUGGCGAGCCGAAGCGGCACCAAGUCCGACAGCUUCGCGAUAGACUACCAGGCCACGCUGAACUGCCUCGAGACGGCCAAGAAGGAGGGGGCCGCGCACUUCGUCAUGCUGUCGGCGUUCUGCGUGAAGAAGCCGAUCCUUCAGUUCCAGAAGGCGAAGCUGAAGUUCGAGGAGAAGCUGGUGGAGGCGGGUAACGCGGGGGAGAUCGGGUACAGCAUCGUAAGACCAACCGCCUUCUUCAAGAGCGUGUCGGGACAGCUGGAGGUGGUGCAAGGCGGAGCGCCGUUCGUGGUCUUCGGCGACGGCACCAUGUGCAAGUGCAACCCCAUCGCGGAGGCGGAUUUGGCAACGUACUUGGUGGACUGCAUCACGGACAAGUCGAAGAACAACAAUAUCUUCAACAUCGGGGGUCCGGACGACGGUCUUACGAUGACCGCUCAGGGGAAGCUGCUCUUCGAAGCCGUGGGCAAGGAACCCAAGAUUCUCAAGGUGCCCGUCCUCCUGUUCGACGUGAUCAUCGGGGCGUUGGAUUUGUUGGCCGGCAUCUUGCCGAAGCAAUUCGAGGACCCCGCGGAGCUGGCCAAGAUCGGAAAGUACUACGCCGUGGAGGACAUGCUCACGGUCGACCCUUCGGAAAAGGCGACUCGUUUCGGGACGGUUACCCUGGGACAACACUACAAGCGGAUCGCGGUGGAGGGCAACGACUACGACCCCUACACGACGCUCUUCGCGGGGAAGAAGAACCCCACCAGCGUCAUCGCCAGCCUGGUGGGCACCGGUGUCGAUGUCGAGGAAGAGCAGCCCGUUGCCAAGUGAGGGGGUUUCCGCUCGCGUGCGUGCGUGCGAGGCGUGUUUUGAUGCCGCCACGACCGCUCAAUCCGGACUCCACAGAAAGAAAGCGUUCCAGGAAGGUGAACGGGGGCCCCGCGGGACAUGUUUUUUUUGGGGGGGGGAGCAAGGAUAAGGACCUGUUGUCAUGUGAGAAGCAGAAUUUUGGCUCGAGUUUGUUUCGCCUGUGCCGUUUCGGGCAGGCAUUAUCUUUGAAGGGGCACAUGAGACAGCGUUCCGGCCGCACCCUUCACUUGCGGUUCAGAUUUUUCUGAAGCCUGUCAUUCUUUUUUUUUUUCGGUGGCAGUUUUUCUCGUUGACCACGAUUUUGCUUUACCCGUGCGGUGUACGACGCAUUUCCCCUAGUAGGCAGAAGACAGGGUAAGACAGGUAGUAGCCGGUGCUGGCGUUGGUAUCGAUGCUGGACCAGCAGCAGUGCAAUAGAAGAAGCAAUCCCUUGGGCAGAGGAUAAGGCAGGAGGCAGUGCAGGCAUGGCUGGUGUUGGUAUUGGUGCCGUGUACCAGCAUCAGUCCCGUAUAAGGCACAUUUUCCGUAAGCAAAGGAUAUAGGGUGAGAGGUAGGUGUUAGUAUCGAUGCUGUAUUCCAGCGGCAGUGCCGUGUCUCCCUUAGGCAAAAGGAUAGGGUGAGGGGUAGUGGUAGUGGGCGUUGCUGGUGUUGGUUUCGAUGCGAGAUGUACAUGCGGUGUCCCGGUCGAUUGCUCGACGGGGAGCGCCAAGGCGAAAACAUGAAACCGUCGGUAUACUCUGUCGACUGCACCUUAGAUGGCGGUUGGCCGGCUCGGGUUGUGGCUGGCCCUUGAGCGGCGCGAUUAUUUCGGGCGCGUUUUCUUUGGCCUCCUAUUUCGGCGCGAAUGAAAUUCGGUUUACCUAGACUGCUGUACAGCAGUACUAGUGUCGCGGAAACAGCACCUUGUUUUGUAAAUUUUCUUGCGAAAGGAUCACGAGUUCACCUUCUCUUGUUCCUGUCUUGACAUUAGACUACUAUUGUAUGAACGUCUUGUUCUCGCGAUGGUUAUUUGUUAAGCGUGUUCCAUCGAGUGCGAACAAUAUCUACGGUGGCGUCUGCAGCAGUACUUGUUUGUCGCGUAUCUCUGAGUUGUGCAGAGCGAGUCGCCAAUCACUCACCACUACUGUAUGUGGAU